CUACAGUAGUUUAUAACUUACUCUAUUCUUUACUCCAAAGAGUAAAGUUAGAGUAAAAUAUUUAUUUAACUAGUUUACUCUUCUUUGAAGGUAGCUGAGCGGGACGGGCUUUUGCUUUCGUUUUCUUUAAAUUCUAACAAUUUAAGACAUUUUUAAUUUAAACUCGUCUAAAAUUAACCAACAAAAUUGCUUCCACAAUGACUGUGACGCGGGUGGCAGAAUCCCGCACAGAAUUUAAAUUAAAAAGCCUUCCUGAAGAUGCUAUUUCCAGUGUGAAAUUUGCACCGAAAUCAAGUCAAUAUCUACUCGUAUCAUCUUGGGACUGCUCUGUACGGUUAUACGAUGUACUCUCCAACAGCGAACGCCAUAAAUAUAGCCAUGAAUUACCUGUACUUGACGUUUGUUUUAGGGAUGCAGUACACUCUUACAGUGGUGGAUUGGACCAAACAUUGAAAAUGUACGACCUCAAUGCGGGCUCGGAAACUGUACUCGGUGAACAUAAAGGAGCCAUCAGAUGUGUGGAGUUUGCUAGUGAGGUGAAUGCUGUGCUAACCGGCAGUUGGGAUGGUACUGUGAAGAUGUGGGACAGUAGGGUUCCUAAUUGUGUUGGAACUUAUAAUCAGGGAAAUGAAAGGGUUUACACAAUGAGUAUAGUUGGUGAGAAAUUUGUUGUGGGUACGUCUGGACGUAAGAUUUUUGUCUGGGAUGUUAGAAACAUGGGGCAUGUGAAUCAAAGAAGAGAGUCCUCUUUGAAGUAUCAGACACGAUGCAUCCGUGUAUUUCCUAAUAAACAAGGUUAUGUGUUGAGCUCAAUCGAAGGUCGUGUGGCAGUGGAGUACUUGGAUAGCAAUCCUGAAGUGCAGAAAAAGAAAUAUGCCUUUAAGUGUCAUCGAAUAAAAGAUGGUGGUUUGGAGAAAAUCUAUCCAGUCAACGCAAUCAGUUUUCACUCCAUAUACAAUACAUUUGCUACUGGUGGAUCAGAUGGAUAUGUUAAUAUUUGGGAUGGUUUCAACAAGAAGAGAUUGUGCCAAUUCCACAGAUACAAUACAGCUGUAUCGGCACUCAGUUUCUCCCACGACGGGACAGCUCUAGCCAUUGCUUGCUCUCAACUAGAUGAAACUCAAAUAGAAGAACCAAAACCAGAGGACAGUAUUUAUAUCAGAUAUGUAACAGAUCAAGAAACUAAACCAAAAUGAGGAGAAAAUUAUGCCCUGUAGACAUUGUGUUUUUUUUUUUCAUAUUUUAAAACCCUUUAAUUAUUUUUUUUGACAACAUUGUAUGAACAUGAAAAGAAUUUUAAUCAGGGUUAUGAAUUUAUGUUAAGAUUAAAAAUGGUAUUGAACAUUAAUUAUACCUUUGAAAGUUAAAUGCAUCAGUUUAAUAUGUUCAUCAAUGGAAUAUGUUCUAGAAAAAUAACAUUAUUGUAAUUUGUCUAUUGGGCAGAGUGUUAGUUUAAAUAAUUAUUCUUUAAGUGACAAACUGGUAAUAAAUAAGCUCAGAAUGAAAUG